AUGAAUAUGCAGUUGGAGGAUGGCGAGAUUGUCUCUCCUCGCACUGAUUCUCGUGGUCAUGCAGUGCCAGAACCACCUGCUGCAACUCAAGGGGAACAGGUGCAGGGAGAUGACUCUGUUCAUCGUCUGCCUGCUACUGGUUCGGCUAUCAAAGUUGAAGAUAGUGGGCAAACCUCCGGGGAAUGGAGUCUCAUAACGUGUAGAAGGGACCCGCCUCGCGUGGAUGUAACACCCAGACAUCGAAAGACCCCGACAAGACGCCGGUCCUUGGCCUCUUUUGGUAUCUCCGAGCUGAGCGAGAGUCAGGUACUCUUCUACUUGGGUGUUUUGGGAGUUGAAGCUCUUCUGCUUCCGAGAUUCCAGUACACCCGUUGUAGUAAGAAAGGGAUGUGGCUGUGCAAGCUCACCAUAUACGGUCACACAUUUGACUUGGGUCAAGCCUUUCAUACCAAGUUUGAGGCCAGGUGUGAGGUAAGCCGAAAGGCCAUGGCAAGGCUGCAAAGGCAGUUUCCGGACUGGACUGUCCCCGAGGAGCCUAGAGAUGGUCUCUGCUACGGCUGGGAUUGGGUUGAAAUUCUGCGUGAAUAUUGCAUUCAAAAUGCCUUACCGGCCCCGGAGUAUACCAAAUACAAUCACAAACAAGGCUACCGUCAUGUAGUUGAAGUAGCUGACACCUCACAUUUCGGAGCGCUCAAGCAUUACACUCGUGAGAGGGAUUCGAGAAACGCCGCUGCCCAUAUGGCUCUACAUACAUUGCUGGUCUCCAAGAACGAGCCGCCUUCAGGCUUGUGUGGACCUGUUGCUUUGUGUCAGUCCGAUCAAAGUCAGCUAGCCCUCGUUCCCAGGGAACAAAUUCAUGUAGACGAUUCAGGCGCCGGCAUUCGUCAUCCUUUCGCGCAAUAUCGCCAUCUGAAAAGGAGCGCUGAUGAUGGCAGUCAGGAGACUACUAGAGGCAACCGUAAGAAGGCUAGGACCCCGUCCACCAGAGAUGUGCAAGGAAUUUGGGAGGGCAAUGCGAAUCUUCUACCGCUGGCGGACAAUGUUCGAUUGCAGCCAGUUGAAGAGCCCGACAAGAAGGACGAAAAGAGAUGGAGUGUGACGCCUGCAGAACUAGAAUUGAGAUUUAAUGGGCUCGGUCUCUACACCUGGAAGCUUCGAGAGAUCUGCCAGCUGCUUUCCCUGGAAAAUCCGGAGAUCAGAACGACUAAGAAAAGCGUCUCAGGAAUGGAAACAAACGGCGACUACAAAGUCGGUGCGUAUUUCAAGGAUGACCCGUUCCUGGCCCGCGCGAGCCCAGUUGGACAGAUAGAGUUCAAGGGCACGGUCUUCGGGGCGCAGCAGGCAUGUGCCCGCGUGGUGAUCGAGUACCUCAUCAACAUGGUGAAGGAGGACACUCUGCUGGAAGACCAAGCGGCGCAGGAACGGGAUCGGCUGAAGAACUGGGGCAAUACAACCUUCUAG